AUGAACUAUGUAUUUCAGUAUGCUCUGCCACCUGAGAUAACGUUGGGACAAUACCUUCUGCAUAGAUUGAGGCAACUGGGAGUACAUACGAUAUUUGGACUACCGGGUGAGUUUAAUAUGCCUCUUCUCGAUAAAUUGUUCAGUGUCCCGCAGAUGGUAUGGGCCGGAAACACUAACGAGCUGAACGCUGCAUAUGCAGCAGACGGUUAUUCACGCAUCAAAAGACUCGGGUGUUUGAUCACGACUUUUGGUGUUGGUGAGUUAUCUGCGCUGAACGGUAUUGCCGGAUCGUUUGCGGAACACGUAGGUAUCGUCCAUGUUGUCGGGAUGCCACCUUUAUCUGCUCAAGUCAAACAACUGCUAUUGCACCAUACUCUAGGAAAUGGUGACUUCAAAGUGUUCUACAGAAUUGGAAGCGACGUGGCAGAACAUACCACAGUGCUCAAUAACUCGGAAACUAUUGCAGAAGAUAUCAACAAAGCUCUCACCAUUGCAUAUACCAGACAGAGGCCCGUUUACGUCGGGAUUCCCGUGAACAUGGUUAACAUGCCCGUGGAUUCAUCUCUCCUGAAUACUCCUCUUGAUUUAGGCCCGUCAAUUCGCAACGAGGACAUCGAAAAUGAAUUUAUCGACGCAGUCCUAGAUGCGAUGUACAAAAGUGAAAACCCAGCAAUCAUCGCAGAUGCUUGUGUUUCACGACAUGGCUUGGUGGAAGAAAUGAGACAACUGGUAGAUAUCACAGGAUUCCCCGUUUUCUGCACACCAAUGGGGAAAGGGUCCAUAAAUGAACAGCAUCCGCGGUUCGGGGGAACAUUUCUGGGCUCUAUUUCGUCCCCGCAGGUUCGGGAGGUGGUAGAUUUCAGUGAUUUUAUAUUAGUAGUUGGUGCACUUCUGUCAGACUUCAGCACGAGCUCAUUCCAUUUUGCAUACAGGACGAAAAAUACAAUUCUACUUUUCUCCAAUCACGCCAAGCUGAAAAAUGCUACCUAUCCCGAUCUUGAGCUCAAGGUGGUACUAGAAGUUCUUUUGGCUAGACUAGAUCCCUCCAAGAUACGAUACAGGCCGCAGAGCUUUCCAGACGUUUUGAAGCCGAAAUUAAAGCUAAUGAAUAAUGUGCCAUUACGUCAAGAGUGGAUUUGGAGUCAAUUGACGUCUUGGUUCAAUCCGGGCGACAUAGUUAUCACUGAAACAGGUACAUCUGCGUUUGGGAUAAAUCAGAGCAAGUUUCCCAGCAGGACACGUUGUAUAUCACAGGCGCUUUGGGGAUCGGUAGGAUAUUCCAUUGGGGCAUGUUUGGGGGCCUCUUUUGCUGCUCGAGAGGAGGGCAGCGAUCCGCGCGUUAUUCUAUUUGUUGGUGAUGGUGCUUUACAAUUGACAGUUCAAGAAAUAUCAACGAUGAUCCGCUGGGGGCUAAAGCCUAUAAUUUUCCUCAUGAACAAUAGUGGGUAUACCAUUGAUAGACUAUUGCAUAAAAAAUCUAAUGCUGGUUAUCAUGAUAUUCAAUCGUGGGAUAACUUGAGCAUUCUUUCGACCUUCGGCGCCUCACAUUACGAUACCCGCAAAGUUAGAACUGUAGGAGAUUUUUUGGCAUUGAUGACAGACCCAGCAUUCGCAAUCAACGAUAAAAUAAAGAUGGUGGAGGUUGUGCUACCACCUAUGGAUGCACCACCUGCUUUGAUGGAAAAGUGGCUAUUGGAUGACAAACUAUCUGGGGUUUUAGAUGACGGUACUGACGAAUCCUUAGCAGAGGAGCCAUCUUUAAAAAGAGUGAAAAUGAGUGAGAGUUUUGAUAUUGACUAUGAUGAGAUGGAUGAUAAUGUUAGUUCCGGAUAA